UUUUAUUAUUCAAGCAAGUCGUUGACUCGUGGCUCUCUACUCUCUACUUUAUUUCUCUCCAAUGAUACAUACGGCAUACCCCCAUUAUAAAUCUAAACAUCGCCUUACAUUUUCUACUAUAAGCCUAUAAUCCUCUUUACAAAUAUGAAGUAUCUUCAAGCUUUCCUUCAUUUACUCUUCUUCCUUAUAUUAACAGCAACAUCAACUGCAAUUGCGAAGUACGCCAAAUCAGGUUGCAGUGAUACGUGCGGGGACGUGAUAAUUCCAUACCCAUUUGGAAUCGGUGCGGAUUGUUCUGUCAAUAAAUGGUACAUUGUUGAUUGCAAAAACUCAACACCAUAUAUGUCUGCACUCAACAACCUUGAAGUCUUGAAGGUAGACUUGGAAGCUCAAACAGUCACCGUUAGUAUGCCAAGAAUCCCUCAUUGCCAAAACGCAGUUGGAAAUAGCGGUCAGACCACGAGGAGUUUCGAUCUUGGCAGGAGCCCCUUCGUGUUUUCCAAAGAGUACAAUAAAUUUGUAUAUGAGGGGUGUGGUGUUGCUAUUAUGACGAUGGAUAAUGGGAGUGUGGUCACAGGGUGUUCAACAGCUUGUUUGAAUGCUACACUUGGUGAUAGGAACAACUGUUUUGGAAACAGUUGUUGUCAAACUGCAAUUCCUCAUUAUCUCAAGUCUUACAGCAUUAACCUCACCGGCUUAGGAGAGCAAGAUGGAGCUUGUGGGUCUGCCUUCUUGGUGGAGGUUAAAACAUCAUAUCAUGAACCUGAUGAAGGAAGGUUAUCUGACUCAUUUAUUCUCAAGAAUACCUCUGUUAUCCCGGUAUCACUUGUGUGGACUCUCACAGACUCGGAUCAAGUAACUUGUUGUGACAACAUUCCCCCGCAAAGAUUAAAAGUGGAUAUGUUUAAUGGCACUCCAUUAGAUACAUGGGGAUGCAGCAGCUUAGGCUUAGUAUAUACACGGUCAUCAAAAAGGAACCCUUAUUUAGUAGAUGGGUGCAAGGAGGACAAUGCAAUUCCAAAAUACGCCAAGAGAGGGUGCAAGGAUAUGUGUGGGAAGGUGAGGAUUCCCUACCCUUUUGGAAUCGGUGCGAGUUGUUCCAUCAAUCCAUGGUACGUCAUUGACUGUAUCUCCUCCAAGCCACAUCUGGCUGCACUUGACCACUUGGAAGUCUUGGGCGUGAGCUUGAAAAAUCAAACAGUCACGGUUAAAACGCCCAGGAUCUCUGCUUGCCAAAAGCCAGUUCGGAAUAACAGUGAGACGAUGAGUGUCAAUCUUGGCAAGAGCCCCUUCUUGUUUUCCAAAACACACAAUAAAUUCGUAUUUGAGGGGUGUGGUACUGCAGCUUUGAUAGAUAAUGGAAGUGUGGUCACAGCGUGUUCAACUGCUUGUCACGAUGUUACACUUAGUGAUGGAAACGACUGUUUUGGAAUUGGUUGUUGUCAAACCGCAGUUCCGAAUUCACUCAAAUCGUACAGCAUUCAAGUCACAGGCUUGGAAGAGGAAGAUGGAGGUUGUAGAGGGUCUGCCUUAUUGGUGGAUAAAACUUCAUAUGACCAUGGAAGGUUUUCUAACCCAUUUACCUUCAAGAAUGCCUCGUUUGUCCCCGUUUCGUUUAUGUGGACUCUAACAGACUCGGAUCAGGUAACUUGUUGUGAUAACGAAACCCCGGAAAGAAUCAUACUGGAUAUGUUUAAUGGUACCAGUACUACUGUGGAUUCCUGGAAAUGUUCUCUAUGGACAUGGUCAGCAUACACAAAAGGAAACCCUUAUUUAAUAGAUGGAUGCAUUGAAGGUGAACAUGAUGUAGGGGAUCCUACAGAAGAGUGCAGAAGGUGCCGAGAUCAUGGAGGUAUCUGUGGAACUGACAAUACAUAUGGAGUUGAUGGUUCACUUUUCAGUCAGACCUUCACUUGUCAGCAUUAUAAUAGAAUUUCCCUGGGUGUAAUUCUAGGUGUUAGCAUAAGCAUGGGUGUACUUUUUCUUAUUGCAAUUGGCUAUGUAUUGUACAAAGUGAUCAAGAAAGCUAAAGAAAGAAGGCAAAGGAAAAGUUUUUUUAAACGCAAUGGUGGUUUACUUCUAAAACAACAAGAAGAAGCUGAUCCAUCUUUAGUUGAUAAAACCAUACAUUUCACAUCACGAGAGUUGGUGAAGGCCACUGACAACUUCAAUGAAAACAGGAUUCUUGGUCGAGGAGGUCAAGGUACAGUCUAUAAAGGGAUGUUGGUUGAUGGAAGGAUUGUAGCAGUCAAGAAAUCAAAAGUUGUUGAUGAAAGCCAAUUAGAGCAGUUCAUCAAUGAGGUGGUCAUUCUUUCCCAAAUCAAUCAUAGGAACGUGGUCAAACUAUUAGGAUGUUGCCUAGAGACAGACGUUCCUCUCCUUGUUUCCGAGUUCAUUCCAAAUGGCACCUUGUAUGAUCGGCUUCACCAUGAAACUGAAGACUUCUCAAUUUCUUUAGAUAUGAGAUUACAAAUAGCUACUGAAGUUGCAGGAGCACUCGCUUACUUGCAUUCAGCAACUUCCAUUCCAAUAUAUCAUAGAGACAUAAAAUCCACCAAUAUACUUUUAGAUGACAAAUACAGGGCCAAAGUUUCUGACUUUGGAACUUCAAGAUUCGUUUCAAUCGAUCAAACUCAUUUGACAACCUUAGUCAAAGGUACAUUUGGCUACCUUGAUCCAGAGUAUUUCCAGUCUAGCCAAUUUACUGAAAAGAGUGAUGUUUAUAGUUUUGGAGUGGUUUUAGUUGAACUAUUAACUGGAGAAAGGCCGAUUUCUCUAACUAGACUUGGUGAAAAUAGAAGUUUAGCUACACACUUUAUGUUGGCUAUGGAAGAAGGGUGUGUUAUGUCAACUUUUAAUGCAAUGGUGCUUAAAGAGGGUACUAGGGACGAGCUGAUGGUUUUAGCUAACCUAGCAAUGCGAUGCUUAAAUAUGAAUGGAAAGUAUAGACCAACAAUGAAAGAAGUUGCUAUAGAGUUAGAAACCAUACGAAGGUCGCAUAUUCCCACUACCUUUCAAGCGAAUAUCGGUCCCAUAGUGUGUGGGGAGGAAUUGACGACACCAGCUUAUCCCGAAUUAUCAUCAACAUCAGUGAGUUUCAAUGAAAUUGUUAGUCAAUGAUGUAUAAUGCUAUAAAUUUUAUGGUUUAAUAAACAUAUGUUUUCAUAAAGUUGCAGUACAUGUAUAA